AUGGCGAAAAUUCAGGACUUAAAUAUUGAGGAACUGAAACAGGAGUUGGAAAAGCGUAAUUUGGCCACCUCCGGAAGAAAAGUGGAAUUAUUAUCCCGUUUGCGGGAGGCUAUGGAGGAUAAAUCCGCUGCACUGUUCGUUGCAUUAAAAGGACCUGCAGCAGAAAUCUUGCAGACUAUUCCCGACUGUGAAAGGAACAGUUACGAUGCGUUAAUGGGUGCAGUGGAAAGACGUUAUGGUAGCGAGCACAGGAGACAGAUUUACCAGAUGGAGCUGGAGAAUCGCUGCCAAAAAGCCAAUGAGACUCUACAAGAAUUCGCUUCGGAGAUCGAGAGGCUGGCUCACUUGGCUAUUGGAGACGCAUCUGGUGAACACCUUGAAAGGGUAAAGAUCCAGAGGUUCAUCAACGGAAUGCGAGACAUGUAUACCAAGCGCGAGACGUAUGCAAAUCCAAAGCCAUUUUCUGAAACGGUCUCGUAUGCUCAGACA